UGAUGGGAAGCCCCUGUGAACAUUACGCAACCUCUUGUUCUCUCGACGCAUAUCUCUAGGCACAGACUUCUUCUCUCGAGAAGAUGCUGCGCAAGCUUUCCUCACGGCCUUCCCCUGAACGAUGACGAGUUACGAUGACUAUGGCAUGCCCGUGGGAGCAUAUUCUGAACCCGAGAGUCUCGGCAAGCAGGCCCUCCGAGUUGCUCGCGCGUUCGUGCUAUAUCGAAUAAAACCCGCGGCUGAUAAGAAAUUCCACGCUUUGACGGACAGGAAUUGGAGCUGGAGGGGGAUACUCAGUUUAGUCAGGAUUUUGAUCGCGAUUUGGUUCGUAACGCUAUACUGGGGCGAACGAAGUGCGUUCAAUAGCGCCAUUGGCUCCUGUCGGUGGGAAAGUUGGGAGAAAUGGGGAAUAGGCGCGAACCCACAUCGACUCGUUUUCGUUGCAGAUCCUCAACUCAUUGACCCGCAUACCUACCCCGACCGACCGUGGCCCCUCAAUGCCCUCACCAUAAAGCAUACUGAUCUCUACCUUCGCCGAGCGUACUCCCGAAUACAAAAAGUGUUGUAUCCAGACAGCGCUGUCUUCUUAGGCGAUUUCUUCGACGGUGGAAGAGAAUGGUCUACAAGAACGACAACAAGCCCUGAAGAGCGGUACAGGAAAUAUGGUGAGAGCUUUUGGCUAAAAGAAUACGAUCGUUUUGGUAGCAUAUUCUUUGGCCAUUGGCAAGAUGGUGGGACCGAACCCAGGCCUGGACAGCCGGGAAGGAAGAUUAUCAGUAGUCUACCCGGAAACCAUGAUCUGGGAUUUGGCAAAGGGAUUCAAGUUAGUGUGAGGAAGCGAUUCAAUGCGUAUUUUGGAGAAGGAAACAGAAUCGACAUAAUUGGGAACCAUACCUUGGUCUCCGUGGAUACAGUUUCGCUGAGCGCAUUAGGGCAAGAGAAUCCAGUGGAAGGACUAUGGAAACCAGCAAUGGACUUUCUGGAUAAUGUGAAGGCGCAGAAGGGGCGUUUGGUACGGGAAGAAUUGAGGAAACAGCAGGGACUGCGACCGAAUCUCCUGUUCUUACAUGAUAUACUAGACGCCGGCGACCUUGCGAAGGCCGAACUCCCACACUUCGGCGACUCCCCUGCUGAGUUUCCUACCAUUCUCCUUUCCCAUGUUCCAUUAUAUCGCGACCCCGGCACUCCCUGUGGACCUCUUCGAGAACACUGGCCUCCGACACGUCCUCCUAAAGGUCAAACAGAACCUCUGGAGAAAGAUGAUCGGAACGCAAUAUCCGUAAGCGGGGGAUACCAAUACCAAAAUGUCCUUGAUCGAGAAAUUACGAAGGUCAUUGCUGAAAAGGUUGGCAACAUUCAAUAUGCAUUUUCAGGCGACGAUCACGACUACUGUGAGGUCCUACAUCGCGCAUAUCCCUCAGCUGGUAGCGGUAUUCGAGAGAUUACUGUCAAGUCGAUAUCUUGGGCUAUGGGCGUUAGAUAUCCUGGUUUUGUUAUGCUCAGUCUGUGGAACCCUGUUGAUGCUUCUGGGAACCCUCUGAGAAAGGAUUCGAAUGCGCCGACUCUGCAGACCCAUCUCUGCCUUCUUCCAGAUCAGCUGGGCAUCUUUAUCCGAUAUAUCACGCUGGUUGGGAUUACAAUUCUCUCAUUAAUUGUACGAGCUGCGCUCGUUGCGACUGGGAGAAUAUCCACGGUAUCGCAUAAUUCCGAUAUUCCUCUACUGCCAGUCACAGAACAUGGCUCAUCCGCCGAGAACGAAAAGGCAGCACUCUCCUCCAGUCCACCCGAAUCCACCCACAUCACCUCGUCUUCGAACUCCUCAUCAUCCUCUGAACCCGGAAACAAGCUACAAAUCCGCAGUUCCAGCGCUCGAACCCGAAGCACAAGUCCUAAUGGCAGCUAUGAGCUACCAGUUGUGCAAUCGAAGUACACAUAUCCCCUCAUACAGCAUGCGGGCUAUUAUAUACCGGAUAAAGAAGAACCUAGGGCGAUUAAGACUUGGGGUUCUUCGUCAGCAAAGAAGAGCAAGUCUAGGAAAAAAGGACUAGCCUUAUUCUUCCAUGAGUUCAAGAAAAGUUUCUUGACGGUUGCUAUUGUGGUGUUUGCGUGGUACUUUUGGUUGAUAUGGCAUGGAUAGGGAAGGGAAAGGAGUUCAAACGCAUUCUAGCGAGCAUUAAGAAAGCAUUGCUUAUGUAGAGCGCAUGCAUUGUAUAUUCAUUAUGAU